GACAACCAGCGCUCUAGCGAAGGUGGCUGUGAGUUCAGGAAGGAUUGUGGGUAAUCUGGAACUAAGUAGGAUACAGAUGGACCUCAAACACUCUGAUGUGGGUCCUUUCUCAGUGGCGAUAUUAAAUGUUGCUGUAAACUAUUAUAUCUCCCACAUACUGCUUCCCCAGGUUAAUGGCAUUCUGCAGAAGGGUUACCCCCCUGCCACUACUGGACCAUAUUCAGCUCAUAAAUGUUGUCAUAGAUCCACGUGAGAAUUUCCUUCUCUUUGGAGCAGAUGUUCACUAUGGAAUAACAGAGGACAACUGGAUUACUGAGUUAUACUGA